GUGAGCGGCGAGUCAGCAGGCGGCAUCGACACGUCAGUUCUGACCCUCAGCUCCCAGGCUCGGAGUCUGUUUGCCCGCGCAUUCUCCAUGAGUGGAGCUACGGGAGUGGACCAUCCUAUGGUUCUGGCUAGGGAGCCUGUGACGAUGGCGGAACUGUUGGCCAGACGUGAGCAGUGUCUGGGCGAGACUGACCCAGUUCCCGAGACGGACGAGCAGUGGGCGCCGGUGGUAGAGUGUCUGAGGAAAGUGCCAGAGGACAGGUUCGGGUCCCUGGAAGGUCUUGGAGAAAUGCCAUUUAUGGGACCUGUGGUAGAUGGAGACCUUGUUCCCAAAAGUCUGGCAUCCAUACCACCUGGGGUCUUGUUCCACGGCCUGAUCUCCGAACUGCUUAAGUCUGGCUAUGGCCAGGUCAGUCCGGAGGUCGUGGCAAAGGUCGCUGAGUACUACCAGGAGAACUUUGAGAUAAGCCCAGUUGCAGAUUUCAGCGCAGACACCAUCUUCCAUGUUCCCAGUCUUGAGUACGUCAAUGCUGUCUCCGGCACAACCGAUGAGAGCAAG